AUGCCUGUCAAACUUGCCUAUUUAUCAGAUGCCUAUUAUACAAAUCCCUGCUUAGAUAGCAAAGAAAAUAGAGAUUAUAAUGAGGAACUUUCUGUGGGGUCCUCCGUGGAGAAGAAAAACUUUCAUCUCCUUCGUUGGGAUAAAGUGUAUACGUCUAAAAAAGAAGGGGGCUUGGGAUUAAGAAAAUCAAACUGGUUAAUCAAGCUCUGCUCUGUAAAUGAUGGUGGAGAUGUCUUACUCUUAAAGACCACCUUUGGUACAAACCUAGAUCUUGGCAGUGUGACAGUUGCAAGACCGAAUCAACUCAACGAAUUCGCUUGGGGUCUUGCAAAUAGCCAAAGGCCUUUCAUAUGGGUCAUUCGUGAAGAUCUCGUAUUCGGAAAAUCGGCAACAUUAGAAAAAACAUUUGUCGAAGAAACCAAAGAAAGAGGGCUAAUCCUGAGUUGGUGUAACCAGUUUAAAGUCUUGUCACACCGUGCAGUUGGGUGCUUCCUAACUCACAGUGGAUGGAAUUCGACAAUUGAGAGCAUUAGCAAUGGUGUGCUAAUGAUAUGUUGGCCCUUCUUUGGUGAUCGUCCAACAAUUUGCAGGUAUGUUUGCAAGGAAUGGGGCAUUGGGAUGGAAAUAAACAAUGAUGUUAAGAGGGAGGAGGUGAAAGCAUUGGUGAGGCAGUUGAUGGAAGGAGAGAAGGGUAAAGAGAUGCAGUUAAAGGCCAAGAAAUGGAAAGAGAUCUCAAAAACUGUUGUUCAAUUAGGAGGCAGCUCUUACAAUAACCUAGAGAGGCUUAUAAAGCAAGUGCUUCCAGAGAAACGCUGA